GGGCUUUCAGGUGCUUAGGCUCCGAACUGACUCGGUCUGAGAAUUUCUAAGGAAUAUUUCCGUGUGGAAUACUUAGAGUGAUUCAUAUUUAUAUCUGGAAACGACCCCGGAUUUUUGGAUACUUCAGUCACAACUCUGAAACGAUAAAGUUAUUCAAAUACAUACAACUAUACGAAUACAUAUAUACAAACACAAACAAUUCAAAAUGUAUUUCUCAUACACACCAUCUCCACCCUCAACCAGCUACAGCACCUCACCCGCAAUGGAAAUCCCUUCCUCCUCCAGCUCGCGUCCACAAUCUCCUUCAUGUGCCUACCCUUCCUGGCCUCGACGUUCCUCCAUGAACUCCAACGAUUCCAUCGAUGCCCAAACCCAAAACUACUCAUACACCUCCUCUGCAUUCUCCGACGAAGAACUCUCAUGUGGUCUCUACACUCCUGUCUUUGAAGAAGAAGAUUGUUCACCACUCGCCACACCCAAUGUUCGUUCUCCAUCUGGAUCGAUGUGCGAACCUCAAUACGUAGUUGUCGACAACGCAGCACUCAUGAGAGAGUUGGUCGCGCAACACGCUGCUGAGAAGGCAAAGAAGAGGGAAAAGGCAGCUGAGAAGAGCAAGAAGAAGCAUGGAUCUUCUUCCAGAAAGUCAAGACACAGCUCUGGUGCACACUCGAGCAAACACAUGACACCCAUCUCUGAGAUCGGUGAAUGAAAGACUAGCUGAGAUAUGUUCUUAGGAUAGGAUCUCUUUUUUGGUAAGUUCCCUAUAUACCAGCCCUCAAGAGUUUGGAAUACAGUAACUAAUUGUUAUGAAUAGAUCAAAAUACUUUAUACCCA